ACAGUGCUUACAGUGCAUGUAGUUAUUGCGAGAAGACCACACUCACCACAGGGGUCGAACGGAGAUUUGUACAACUUCAAUAGGGCCAGUGAUAACAGUGAGGAGAUCUUGGAGAUAUUGCUUGCGAGAGAGGCAAGGGUUGGGCAAGAGAUCUCAGCGGGAAAUCAUUCAGCAAACGAAGCCUCUGAAUCAGCACUCAACAACGACGAGGCUACCGUGUCCGGCUGUGCGGCCGCAACAGCCAGGCAGAGGGAAUUCUGGCCAAGAGAGCAAUUCAAACAUCUGCCCAGCUUACUCGACUCUUCUCCGCUUGACCAGCGAACAUUUUCAGUAUCAAAUUGGUACGGGAAAGAACUAGACGUACCCCCUCUAUUCCUCGCCAAUUGA